AUAAACAAUUAAGGCAACUCACCUGUAAGCCUGGGGCUUGAGGCCCAAACUACUGUAGCAUUCCUCUACUCUCUAUUCUGCAAAGCACGUAACCCCUAAACAACGCCUGUGCCUCUUGGUUUCACUUUGCUCCGCUGCUGUGCCAAACUCUGCAAUCCUAUUAGCUUUUUUGCUCGAAAAUGCCGUUGGGACUGAUACUGGGGAUAGGGAGGGCAAUGCGCAGAAAGCGAACGUCGUCGUUGGACAUUCUCUCGUCAAAACGUGCUCCUCGCGAUUACUACAAGGGGAAAAAUUGCAAGCCUACCGGUUUUCACACUCGCAAAGGUGGAUAUGUUAUUGUGCCUGAGAAAUUGCCUAACUAUAUCGUCCCUGAUUUGACUGACUUUAAGCUAAAGCCUUAUGUGUCUCAGUGUCCAAGAGAAGUUAAAACAACUGAAGCUUCUGAAGCAGCCAAAUAAAAGAAAUGGAAUGAGAACAAGUAUGCAAUCUCUUGCUUCAUAGUCCAGCUGUCACUUUGACGAUAACACUCAAGUAGGAAAUUUUCUGGCAUUGUCAUUAUGAAGUGCUCUUUUAACGAAAUGAGAAAUAGUUUAGUGGUGUCUGUUUCUUUGAUUGUUAAACUAACAAGUUGUACUUGCUUUUUCAAAUUUGAUAGUUUAAAAUAUAUGUAUGGUAGCAAUAAUUUGCAUAAUCUUGUGUAAGAACUAAUAUAGUUGCAUGUUCUCUUGAUGACUAAAACGCAUCCAGCCCCCUGGGAGUGUGAAAUUGGAAGUUUUGCAUUGAUUU